AUGGCAGCGCAUGCCCCUGAAGGGGUAGCGUACACCAUCCAAGCCUACCGUGCGUGCUGGUUGAAGGGGUCCGUACAAGCAGGCAUGUGCACAUGCACGUGGAGUCAUGCACCAUUUGCGUACAAUGUAAUGGGCACAGACGGCGCACCUUGCGCUCCGCGUGGAUGGGACGUGCACGUAGGCGCACAUCCAGUAUGGUCCCCAAGUAUGGCAUCAAGCAAACAUGUUGAUGGCUACCGGGAAUCUAAACAAGGAAUGCAGCAAAGACCUGUUAAUGAUAAUCGCUCAAGGUUAAGUAGUGACUCCCAUGGAUUCAGGUUUGCAGUUGCUAACGGAACUGUUGGAGUUGGGAAAUCAGAUGGUAUCUUGCAACAGACAGGUUUGACUGUGCGUUCCUCCAACCCUAGGGCAGAUAUGGACAACAGUUCCCUUCUCAGUGAUAAGAGAGAUUGUCCUGGUGGUUCAGAAAAGGAAAGAGGUCACCUCAGGGCUGUUAAUAAGGCAAAUGUUCGUGAUGAAUUUAAUUCUGCUAGUCCUACUUCUAACACAAAACUGAAUGCAUCUGUUCGGGGUCCAAGAUCAGGUUCAGGUGUUGCACCUAAGCUCUCUCCAAUUCUCCAUAGAGCAACUGCUCCUGGUGAUUGGGAGAUUUCUAAUUGCACAAACAAGCCACCUGCUGCUGGUGGAGUUAGUAACCGCAAGCGUACAGCAUCAAAUAGAUCUUCAUCACCACCUGUUGCCCACUGGGCUAGUCAAAGACCACAGAAGAUCUCCCGUAUUGCUAGAAGAACAAAUUUUGUUCCUAUAGUUUCAAGUCAUGAUGAAUCUCAUUCCGUGGAUACUGUAUCUGAUGCUGCUGGCAAUGACCUUGGAUUGGGAUUUCCAAAACGUUUGGCUGGGAAUUCUCCUCAACAAGUUAAACUAAAAGGCGAUACCUUCUCUUCAGCAACAUUAUCUGAAAGUGAAGAGUCUGGAGCUGCUGAAAUUAAAUCCAAAGAUAAAGGUAAAAAGUCUGAUGAUAUAGAUGAGAAAGCUGUUCAUAACAUUCAAAAGAUGUCCACUCUGGUUCUUCCAUCAAGAAAGAAUAAACUGGCUGCUGGGGAAGAGCUUGGAGAUGGUGUGCGCAGGCAAGGGAGGACAGGGCGUGGUUUCACCUCCACAAGGUCUCUCAUGCCAAUGACUGUUGAUAAGCUUGGUAAUGUUGGAACAGCGAAACAACUUCGUAGCAUGAGGCUUGGUUUUGAUAAGACAGAAAGCAAGGCAGGUCGUCCUCCAACUAGGAAACUUUCUGACCGCAAGGCUUAUACUCGUGUAAAGCAUGCAGCAGCAAAUGCAACCAUGGACUUUCUUGUUGGUUCAGCUGAUGGGCAUGAAGAGCUACUGGCUGCUGUGAGUGCCAUCAUCAGUGCAGCUCAUGCCUUUUCCAGCCCAUUUUGGAGACGUAUGGAACCAUAUUUUGGCCUCAUAUCUGAUGUAGACAUAACAUUUUUGAAGCAACAGGGAAGUCCUGAAUAUACUGCACCAGUGCCAAAGCCUAUUCACUCAAAUAUAGCUGGUUGUGGUAGUGUCCCUAAUGGAUAUGAGCAUGAAGCGGACAUGGGGCUUGUCACCGAAGAAGGGAGUGGUGAACUGCUUACAGAAGAGUUAUUACCCAGCAGAGGAGAUCCUAAUGCAGUUUCCCUUUAUCAGAGAUUUCUUGCAGCUUUAAUUCCACAGGAAGAUUGUAGUUGUGGAAGCGACGAUGUCAAAUAUGAUGGUUAUGGAACUGGCUUUGAGCUGGAUCCAGUAAUUGAAUCUAAUGGUUCAAACCAUAUAGUUGAUUUUGAGUCUGCUAGGCACACCACUUUUAAUGGUUAUAGGACGACUGGGAGAAUGGAUGACGAGGAAUCUGAAAUUGAUGAAUUAGGAAUUCCAAACAAAGGAAUUAAUUCAAAUGGCAUGUUUUCAAACCAGGCAUUGGUACCUUCAGUAGUUUCUUCAGAACUUCAGUAUGACACUAUGCAGAUAAAUGAGAAAAUUUUUCUUGAGGCUCAAAGCAUUGGAAUUUUCUUAGAACCAAUGUCUGAUAUAAUGCAGACAGAGGAUGAAGCAAUCAGUGAGGACAUCUGUAAACUAGAGGAGAAGUACCAUGAACAGGUCUACAAGAAGAAUGGCUUAAUAAACACUUUAUUAGUUCGUGCUUUAGAAUUGAAAGAUAUUCAAGAGAAGGAGUUUGAUCAACGUGCUUAUGACAAACUUGUUAGCAUGGCUUAUGAAAAGUAUAUGGUAAGUUCCUUAUUGUUCAGUUAUCCUCUCUCUUUAUUAGGAUUUCAAAUUGAUAAUUAUAUGAUGCAUAAGGAGUCCUAUCCCUGA